AUGGAGCCAGAAGCCUUAGAAAUAUGUCCUUAUGACCCAAACCACAGGGUGCCAGCCAACAGAUUACAGUAUCACCUGGCAUCAUGUAGAAUGAAAAAUCCAAAGGUAGCUAAAAAGAUGGCUAACUGCAAAUAUAAUGCUUGUCAUGUGGUCCCAAUAAAAAUGCUCAAAGAACAUGAGGCUACCUGUGUCAACAGAACUGCUAUAGAUGAUGGUAAGCAAGGGUGA